AUGGGAGUAAAGUUUAUAAAAGCGCUCAAUGGAAAUGUUAUUUACCAAUGCCGAAAUGAAAAAUGUCUGACGCCUGUGGCGACAAACUUCGACUUGAUCUCGAGAAACUUUAGGAAAAGAGGACGGUCGGGGCCAGCAAUUCUAUUCGAGAACGUUCAAAAUGUAAUAAAAGGAGCUAAAACAAAGAAACGCAUGCUGACGGGAGAGCACAUUGUUCAAUUAGUUUACUGCAAGUUAUGUGGGGCAGCUCUUGGAUGGCAUUACGACUUCACAUCCGAGGGGCAAAUGUAUAAAGAAGGCAAGUUCGUUCUGGAAGUGGCGAAUGUAAAAGCUGUCUCCGGCUCCCUUCAAUCUGUACCAUUCGGUCAAGUGACUUCAAUAGUGUAA